UCUCUGUUCUUUCAUUCUCAACUUCUCUAUCAUCCGGCGAUUGAUUCUUCGUCUUCUCUCGUUCUCACGGCGUCUCUCUUCUACCGCGAGAGUUGCUGCAACUGUAAUGGCGACGGAGUCAAUUUCUCUUAACCCUCUAUCUUUCACGAGGUUAACAAUAAACUUCUCAAAUCAAUUUCGUAAAAGGAGAAACCUUUCCUGUCGAAUUCGUCGAUCUCAAUUCGGUGCAAUCUGCUCGAAAACAUCUGAUUAUCAAGAUUACCAGAGCUAUGCAAGACCUUUUCGUCUCUUACCAGCAGAAGAAGUGAAAGUUUCUAUUGCGAACCCAUCAUUCACUAUUGAAGCAGCUUUUGAUGUGUUUUACAGUCAGGCACAGCCUAAAAGCAAUGGUGAUAUGAGACGCUUGGAAGAGCUCUUCAGUAGAUAUAAAGGCAAUAUGCUAUUUUUGAUGUGUUUUACAGUCAGCCACAGCCCAAGAUAUUGUCACGUUGGACAGGAAUUGGGUCUGUACAAGGCUCAGGUGAUGCUUCCAUUCAACGCAUUUGGGACAAUGGCAAUGGCUAGAGAAGUGAGAGUUCUUUCUCUUCUUUCCUUUCUUCACAAUUGAAUAUAUAUAUAUAUAUAUAUAUGUAUAUAUGUCAUUGUUUGGUUGUCGACAUAGAUGAUCCUUGUUUGCAUUACCUUUUAGUAGUCAAUUAGGUAGUUUUGGACUAGCUUUUUGUUUGGUUUGUUGGUUCAAGUAUUAGAGAUCCUAUCUAUUGAUGACUUUUAUGUGUGCAGUACUUCUCAUUUGGAUUGAAGAAAGUUUCAUUUUUUUGAAAAACCCUUAGUUAAGAAACUCCC